UGGAGGAGGUGUGUGGAACAGAGGCAUUGUCUCAACGUGAGCCCUGGCUCUGUGCGGGGUGACAUCGGGGAUGUGCAUUGCUUGCUGAGGAGACUGACCCAGCCCAGUGACACCCUGGUCCUGAGGACGGCCUACUGCGCAUGGAGGAGCCACAUCCAGGGCAUGCAGCUCGGCAGAGCAUCGCUCAUACACUACCAGUAAGACAGACACACAACCAUCCACUGGGCACAGAUGUCAGUUCAACGUGAAUUCAACAUAAAAUCAACAACAAAAAUUCCUUUACCUUUUGCAAAUCCAAUCGGGGGGGGUACAAGGCCAUUUCCAUGUAAAAGGAGCACCAACAUGUGAAGUUCAUAGGAGCACAUCGAAUUUGGUGUGAAAUGAAAGCUGAGUUUAUAUCUUUGAUAAAUUAAGGGAUAUAUCAAUUUUUCAACCAUUUUCCAUCCUAAAAUUGUGAAUAAGCAAAGGCCUUUUUUCUGGUUAAACAGAUGGAAAAGGGGUCUUAGAAAACAUCUACCAGGAAAAUGUGUUAAAAUUAGAAAUUAAUCAAAACACAAUAUUAUUGUUAGUUAAAGACCCUUGCCAACUAAUAUAAACAUUUAUAUUCGUCUUCUAAAUGACUAAAAUGUCAUAUUUAAUUUAUCUUUAAGAUAUUUUCUAAGUAAGUAAAGGUAGAUUUACCAAUUGGUUAUAGUGUUUUUACUGAUAACAAUAUUAUGAUUUAUUAAGUGAUUAAAACUUGUCACUGUUACAUAAUCCUUAACAGAAUGCUGAAAAAUCUGUAUCAUAAUGACUUCCAAUUGAAUUGGCUAAAAGGAGAAAUGAUAGUAGUCACAAACCACAGUUGGGUCAACUGCUACUGUCCUCCCUUCCAUUGGCAUACUGUUAUGUAUAGCUCAUAAUUGUGAAACAGUCUGGACAACCCCUCCCUCUCUCUCUCCCUCCCUCUCUUUCUUUCUCUCGCUCUCUCUUCUCUCUCCAGUUAAUGUCACCUCUACCGGCACUUACCAACACCUACCCAUUAGCCCCCUCUCUUUCCAUUUACUGUAACCACUGCGUCCUCAACUACUGAGCACCGGACGUCCGUGGACGUUGAAAAGUAGUUGAAAUUUAGACGUCUAUGUUUGGACAGUACAGUAAAGAAAAGUAGAGUAGAGUAUAGGUCAGUACAAGACAGUACUGUAGAGUUUACAGUACAUUAAAGAAAAGUAGAGUAUAGGUCAGUACAGUAUUGUACUUUAGUACAGUACUGUACAUCACAGUAUUGUACAGAACAGUAGAGCACACUAGUAGAGUACAGUAUAAUGCACUGUACUGAACUCUACUCUACUCUGCUGUGCUGUACUGUACUUUGCUGUACUGUGAUGUCCAUACUUGUGAAACAGACAUCUAUGAUCGGUUCAGAUUUGGUCCGGUCCAUAGAGCCCUGCACGGGCAUGAAUUGUAAGCCCUAUCCGUGCCUGCGACAUUCAGGCCCUACCCUAUUGCUUCUGCCAAAUUUAAGGCCCGGCCGUGCCCGAAACCCAUAAUCAGAAAUAAUUUCCUCUGUUAGUAAAUCCAUUAGCUGCUCUUCUCUGUCUGUCACUCACACCCUGCACGCAGCUUGCUCUGCUAAUGGCGGCUCCGAUUCUGAGUGUCCAUAGCAACGGCUCCGCUUGGGCUGCUCUGCUCAAUGAAGAGACAUGAGAGAGCAGUUAGCUGUUAGCUACUUUUCGUCUCUCUAAACUCCGACAAAACUCAACGAACAUAAUUAUUUUCUGAACUAAUCUCCCCUGUUUUAUAUUUGACAAGGUUGAAGCACUUCUGACACAAUGUUAUGAUCUUAGUUAAAUAUGACUGUACUGCGCAGCAGACCACGAGCAAAUGGCUCAGCUUCAAAAUGUUAGUGAUCAAUUUAGUGAUAUCCGAGCCCUUCCCAUACCCUAGUUAUUGAUGAAAAACAGGCCUUACCCGGCCCUAACUCGAUGUAUAAUGUUGGGGCCUGUCGGGCUCGGGUGGGGUACAGAGCUCUUCCGGUCUGUACCAACCAUAUUUGGUCUUGUUUGGGGGGGAGCUCAUUAGAAUAAUAGGCAAUGUGUAGAAUAAUACCCAACCUUGCAAAGGAGGAUAUUGCAUUUUUAUACCUUUGUGUACCUAUUCAGGAUACAUCACAAUGAAUACAUCACAUAUCCAUAAUUAUGUAUUUCUGUAUAGUACAGAUCAGGGGACCCAUGAUGUCAUUCUGUUACUGUCAUUUAUCAGGUGUUAAUCCACUUCACUUACUGUAGUUCAAUAACCAAAAUAACAUUUUUCAAACUCAAGGUGUCAUAUCAUAACUGACAACCCAUUCUUUCUGCAGACUUCUUUGAAUCUUAUUCAGAAUAGAUAUUUAAGAGUUUGUGACAACUUGGUCACAAAAAAACUGAGGGAGAGUUUUUCCGCCAUUCUGUUACAAAACUUUACAUCUGCACUGUUCUUCAAGUAAAUGUGUUUUUGUCAAAUGUUCUGUGGAAAUUGUUGAAAGUAGUCCUUGUUUAUAGAAAUGUAUGGUUUGUUUAACUUUGUAAUCAAUGGUUUUUGUUUGGCAUACAUUUUAAAACAUCAGAGUCUCAUCGUCAUUCUGUUACCAUGGAAUGGCCCACAAUUGACCUCAGUAUCUAGGGCAAUGUCACUCGACUGUGUAUGGGAGAGAUGCCCUACAGCAUGUACCCCUGAACGUGUGAACAAAACAUGUGAACUGAAUGCACAAACAUCUGUAAUAACAACCUCAAAGACUUGGGCCCUGUAACAUUUUGCUGUGUUUGUCCCAUACCAGUCUGACUCUGCUGUGUAAGCACUGGCUGGUGUGGAGGCAGGCUGGUAUGAGGUUGCAGGCGGGGGCGCUGCAAGCCCAGAGGGCAGCCCUCCACUGGGACCACAGGCUGCAGAGUCGGGCCUACACCGUGUGGAGAGCAGCCUGGGCCACAGCACGUCUGGCCACACAACAGCACAGGUAAAGUGACCGUUAUUGAUAGUAGUUUGUGUUGUUACAGUCUUAGGCCUAGAUUCAAUCAGAUCAAGUGUUAACCGGCGAUAGCCGACACCCACAUAGUUUAUGUUUUGCCGGUUUCGGAGCCGAGGUGGAACUGCGUUGGUGCUGUCAAAUCGGUGAGCAGCUGCUCUUGAUCAUUAUCACAAAGCAACAUCCGUCCCACUCGCGUUAGUUCAGAGGGAGAAAGUGUAGGCCAAAUAGAUAUAAUGACAUUCAAAUUUAAAAUCAUUAAACAAAAUGAUGAGGAUUGCUAUCAGCCUAAUCGAGGUGUAGAUUACAUCUCACAUUCCAGUGUUCAAACUUGUAAACAUGGCUGCAUGGGAUCUCUCUUAAUGCGACUCUGUGCAGCCAAUGGUAAUGUCCGCUUUAGAUAUAAAGCCGGGAGCCACUUGUGGAUUUGACAGCUCUAACACAGUUCCACCUCUGACAUAACCAAAACAACCGCUAUGGGGAUGUCGGCUAAUUGGAUCUGAUUUAGUAGAGCCCUUAGUGGAUCCUGAGGGGACAUAGUUGUAUUUAACUAUACAAUGAUAUAUUCCAACUUCAAUCCCAUGGUACUGUGUGGUCAUCUCCUGAGUUUAGCCUAGUGUUGUUGUCUGUUCAGGAGGGUGCAAUGUUACAAUGUUCAGGUAGAAAUGUAUUGUGUAGAUCAGGUAUGAGUGUUUGUCAUGUAAAACUGUGGGUCAUGUCAGCUCUACACAUUACAUUUCUACCUGCAAUGAUAAGAACGUUCCAUGAAAUUGAAUACACCCCUGCUCUUACCCAGGGCGUACUGCCUGGCUGCAGCCUGGAGCGUGUGGGCGGCCCGGGCCACACAGAGGGAGGAGGAGCGAUCUGCCAGGGCCAAUCAGAGUGCUGGCUUCCACAGGAAGAGCCUACUGCAGCACAGCCUCCUGCUGUGGCAAGAGAGAGCAGAACAGAGAAGACAACAGAGGGAUAGGCUGCAACACAUCGUCAGGUCAUAACCCUACUAGUGCGGCCAAAUAGCGAUGGCCAUAGGGCUAGGUUACAGUGGUGAUGGCCUUGGAGUCACUAAAUGGCCAUGCUAGAAUGGACCAGGAGACAAACUGAAAUUCAAUUUAUUUUCAACUGGAAAUGGCCCAUUAAUAUUCUAUGAAGAUCUUCCAGCUUAUGUCCUCAACUGAUAUACCGAACAAAAAUAAACACAACGUGCAACAAUUUUCAUGAUUUUACAGAGUUACAUUUCAUAUAAGGAAAUCAGUCAAUUGAAAUAAAUUCAUUAGGCCCUAAUCUAUGGAUUUCACAUGACUGGGAAGGUGGCGCUGCCACCCACUUGGGAGCCAGGCCCACCCACUGGGGUGCCAGGCCAAGCCAAUCAGAAUGAGUUUUUCCCCACAAAAGGGCUUUAUUACAGACAGAAAUACUAAAUUUCAUCAGUGUCCGGGUAGCUGGUCUCAGACGAUCCCGCAGAUAAAGAAGCCAGAUGUGGAGGUCCUGGGCUGGCGUGGUUAUACAUGGUCUGCGGUUGUGAGGCUGAUUUGGACGUAAUGCCAAAUUCUUUAAAACGGCGUUGGAGGCAGCUUAUGUAAAGGAGAAAUGCUCACUAUCAGGGAUGUAAACACAUUUGUGCACAACAUUUGAGAGAAAUAAGCUUUUUGUGCAUAUGGAAAAGUUCUGGGAUCUUUUAUUUCAGGUCAUGGAACAUGGGACCAACACUUUACAUGUUGCGUUUAGGUUUUUGUUCAGUAAUUGAUCCUACCAUUCUAUGUAUAGGAUUGACAUUUUAAUACCUCAAACUCAACAAUAUUAACACAUACUGUACAGAUCCAAGAAUAAUUGUCACGAGCUGAUGUGGAUGUGGUGUUGGAGUCAGGCGCAGGACACAGAAGCUUAGUCCAACAGACUUUACUGUCAAAACACGACAAUACAAAAUAACGGGCCUCAACAAAACGGAGGCGAGCGAUUACGCAUACUGUGCGCAAAAUACACAAAAUACAAGUGAUUACGCAAACAGUGCGUCAAUACACUACAUACACGAGAGCGAAUACAAAUCACCAACGGACAAGCGGACAACAACACACAACUACAAACAAAACCAAAGGAAACUUAUAGGUGACAUAAUCAAUACGUGAUAUGGAACAGGUGCACUAAUCAGACAAAACCAAACAAACAUAGAGAACAUCAAACGGUAGCAGCUAGUACUCCGGAGACGACGAACGCCGAAGCCUGCCCGAACAAGGAGGAGGAGCAGUCUCGGCGGAAUUCGUGACAGUACCCCCCCCCCCCCUUGACGCCGACUCCGGCCUCGGGGACGGCCAGGAGGACGUGGAGCAGGGCGCGUAGGAUGACUACGGUGGAACUCAGUCAGGAGGGAUGGAUCUAAAAUGUCCCUCCUAUGCACCCAGCACCGUUCCUCCGGACCGUACCCCUCCCACUCCACGAGAUAUUGUAGACCCCCCAUCCGACGUCUCGAAUCCACGAUGGACCGGACUGAGUACGCCAGAGCCCCCUCGAUGUCCAGUGGGGGCGGAGGGGUCUCUCUUAUCUCACUCUCUUGGAGUGGACCAGCUACCACCGGCCUGAGGAGAGACACAUGGAACGAGGGGUUAAUGUGAUAGUCAUUAGGCUGUUGCAACUUGUAACACACCUCGUUCAAUUUCCUCAGGACUUUAAAUGGCCCCACAAACCGCCGGCCAAGCUUCCGGCAGGGCAGGCGAAGGGGCAGGUUUCGAGUCGAGAGCCAGACUCGAUCUCCAGGGGCGUAGACUGGACCCUCACUGCAGUGGAGAUCGGCGCUCGCCUUCUGCCUGCGGAUGGCCCGCUGCAGAUGUACAUGUGCACCGUUCCACGUUUCUUCCGAGCGCCGAAACCACUCAUCCACCGCAGGAGCCUCGAUCUGGCUCUGAUGCCAUGGUGCCAGAACCGGCUGAUAACCUAACACACACUGAAAAGGGGUCAGGUUAGUAGAGGAGUGGCGAAGAGAGUUCUGAGCCAUCUCUGCCCAGGGGAUAUACCCCGACCACUCCUCCGGCCGGCCCUGGCAAUAGGAUCUCAGAAACCUACCCACAUCCUGGUUCACUCUCUCCACCUGCCCAUUACUCUCAGGGUGGUAACCCGAGGUAAGGCUAACCGAGACCCCCAAGCGUUCCAUGAACGCCCUCCAGACUCUAGAGGUGAAUUGGGGACCCCGAUCAGACACUAUAUCCUCGGGAACCCCGUAGUGCCGGAAGACGUGGGUGAACAAAGCCUCAGCGGUCUGUAGGGCAGUAGGGAGACCCGGCAUAGGAAUGAGACGACAGGCCUUAGAGAACCGAUCCACAACGACCAGAAUAGUGGUGUUCCCCUGAGAGGGGGGAAGGUCCGUAACAAAGUCCACCGAGAGGUGAGACCACGGCCGUUGUGGAACGGGCAGGGGUUGUAACUUCCCCCUGGGCAGGUGUCUAGGCGCCUUACACUGAGCGCACACCGAGCAGGAGGAGACAUAAACCCUCACGUCCCUAGCCAAUGUUGGCCACCAGUACUUAACACUAAGGCAGUGCACUGUCCGGCCAAUACCUGGAUGUCCAGAGGAGGGUGACGUAUGAGCCCAAUAGAUGAGACGAUCACGGACCUCGAGCGGCACGUACGUCCGACCCACUGGACACUCUGGGGGAGUAGGGUCGGUGCGUAACGCCCACUCAAUUUCCGCAUCGACCUCCCAUACCACCGGUGCCACCAGACAAGACUCCGGCAGUAUGGGAGUGGGCUCAAUGGACCUCUCCUCUGUGUCAUACUGCCGGGACAGGGCGUCUGCCUUACCGUUCUGGGACCCUGGGAUGUAAGUGAUCUUAAAAACAAACCGGGUCAGGAACAUGUUCCACCUAGCCUGAUGAGGGUUCAAUCUCCUAGCUGCCCGGAUGUACUCCAGGUUACGAUGGUCAGUCAGAAUGAGAAAAGGGUGUUGAGCCCCCUCAAGCCAAUGCCUCCACACCUUUAGGGCUUGAACCACGGCUAACAGCUCCCUGUCCCCUACGUCAUAAUUACGCUCCGCCGGGCUGAGCUUUUUAGAAUAAAAAGCGCAGGGACGGAGCUUAGGAGGCGUGCCGGAGCGUUGCGACAGGACUGCCCCAAUACCGGCCUCUGACGCGUCCACCUCUACCUGGAACGCUAAAGUGGGAUCCGGGUGCGCCAGCACCGGAGCCGAAGUGAACAGGUCCUUCAGUUUACAAAACGCCCUGUCCGCUUCAGCCGACCACUGCAAACGCACCGAGCCCCCCUUCAACAGGGAAGUAAUGGGAGCUGCUACCUGUCCAAAACCCCGGAUAAACCUCCGGUAGUAAUUGGCAAAACCCCAAAACUGCUGCACCUCUUUAACAGUGGUUGGGGUUUGCCAGUUACGCACGGCUGACACCCGGUCAACCUCCAUCUUCACCCCUGACGCGGACAACCGAUGACCCAAGAAGGAGAUGGACUCCUGGAAAAACAGACAUUUCUCUGCCUUGACAUACAGGUCAUGCUCCAACAGCCUACCCAACACUCGGCGCACCAGGGCUACAUGCUCGGCUCGGGUAGCAGAGUACACUAGGAUGUCGUCAAUGUACACUACCACUCCCUGCCCAUGCAGGUCCCGGAAGAUCUCGUCCACAAAUGAUUGGAAGACUGAAGGAGCAUUCAUUAACCCGUAUGGCAUGACAAGAUACUCAUAAUGACCUGAGGUGGUACUAAAUGCCGUCUUCCAUUCAUCUCCCUCCCUAAUGCGCACCAAGUUAUAAGCGCUCCUGAGAUCCAGUUUUGUGAAGAAACGCGCUCCGCGUAAUGAUUCAGUCAUACUCACAAUCAGAGGUAGAGGGUAACUGUAUUUCACAGUGAUCUGAUUGAGACUACGAUAAUCAAUACACGGGCGCAAACCUCCAUCCUUUUUCUUCACAAAAAAGAAACUCGAGGACGCAGGGGAAGUGGAGGGCCGUAUGUCUCUCUGUCUCAGGGACUCAGCUAUGUAUGUUUCCAUAGCCGCCGUCUCCUCUUGAGACAGGGAUACGCAUGGCUCCGCGGAAGUGCCGCACCUGUCUGGAGGUUUAUCGCACAAUCUCCCUGUCUAUGAGGUGGCAAUCGCGUCGCCCUCGUCUUGCUGAACACGAGUGCCAAAUCCUCAUACUCAGGGGGAAUGUGCAUUGCGGGCACUUGGUUCGGACUCUCCACCGUGGUAGCCCCAACGGAAACACCUAAACAUCGCCUAACACACUGGCCAGACCAUUCCUUGAGAGCCCUCUGUUGCCACGAAAUGGUGGGGUCAUGGGUGAUCAACCAAGGAAGCCCCAGCACCACGGGAUACGCAGGAGAGUCAAUUAGGUACAACUGAAUAAUCUCCUCAUGACUCCCCUGCGUCUUCAUCUUUAGUGGCGCUGUGACCUCCCUAAUCAACCCAGAUCCCAACGGGCGGCUAUCUAGGGCAUGGACAGGAAAGGGUGCAUCAACGGGCAGGAGGGGAAUCCCUAACUUAGAACAACAUUUCCGAUCAAUAAAAUUCCCAGCUGCGCCUGAAUCGACUAGCGCCUUAUGCUGGGAAUGAGAUGCAACCUGAGGAAAUACCACAGGUAUACACAAGUGAACAACAGAGAGCUCUGGGUGAGUGGGGCGCCUACUCACCUGAAAUGACUCCCCAGUGCGCAACCUGUUGCCUCGAUUCCUUGGAGACCCUCCCCAGCACCUAGCCGCAGUGUGUCCUCCACGGCCACAGCUGGUGCAGGGGACGGGCCCCCUCGGGUUCUCUCUCCUUCUCUCUCUAGCGCCAGCGCCCCCGAGCUCCAUUGGGCUCGGCUCGGAGGUGCUGGGGGAUGGAAUGGACGGCCCCAUCUCGGGACGUCCGCGGGUGGCCAGCAGGGUAUCCAGACGAAUGGGCAUGUCCACUAGCUGGUCGAAGGACAGAUUGGUGUCCCUGCAGGCCAGCUCUCGACGAAUGUCCUCACGCAGGCUACACCUAUAGUGGUCGAUGAGGGCCCUCUCAUUCCACCCCGCAUCCGCCGCUAGAGUCCGGAAAUCCAGGGCGAACUCCUGUGCGCUCCUCUUCCCCUGUCGGAGGUGGAACAGACGCUCCCCCGCCGCUUUACCCUCAGGAGGGUGAUCGAAAACUGCCCUGAAGCGUAGCUUAGCUGAUGGUGGCGGCGUCUAUUCCCCUCCAUUCGGCGUUGGCCCACUCCAACGCCUUGCCGGAGAGACAGGAGAUGAGGGCGGUGUAUGGUGGCCAGGUAGAGUUCCACCUGCAGGAGGAACCCCUGACACCCGGCUGCGGUGCCAUCAUACGCCCUCGGGAGCGAGAGCCAAAUCCCACUGGAUUCCGGAGCUGGUCUGGUAGGGCUGGCCGAUGGUGGUGGUAAUGUAGGAGGAGGUGUGGGCACGCCUCACCUUUCCCAUCGGCGCAGGGUGUUCAUUACCUCCUGCAUGGCGGAGCCGAGUUGCUGGAUACUGGCGUCCUGGCAGCUGACCCGAUCCUCCAGCGACUCGGUCGCCGCCGCUGCUCCUGCUGACUCCAUUGUAUGGUGUGUUGUUCUGUCACGAGCUGAUGUGGAUGUGGUGUUGGAGUCAGGCGCAGGACACAGAAGCUUAGUCCAACAGACUUUACUGUCAAAACAUGACAAUACAAAAUAACGGGCCUCAACAAAACGGAGGCGAGCGAUUACGCAUACUGUGCGCAAAAUACACAAAAUACAAGUGAUUACGCAAACAGUGCGUCAAUACACUACAUACACGAGAGCAAAUACAAAUCACCAACGGACAGGCGGACAACAACACACAACUACAAACAAAACCAAAGGAAACUUAUAGGUGACAUAAUCAAUACGUGAUAUGGAACAGGUGCACUAAUCAGACAAAACCAAACAAACAUAGAGAACAUCAAACGGUAGCAGCUAGUACUCCGGAGACGACGAACGCCGAAGCCUGCCCGAACAAGGAGGAGGAGCAGUCUCGGCGGAAUUCGUGACAAUAAUGAUCUUAUCUCUCCCUCCCUUCCCCUCUCUCUGUCGGUCUCUCUCCCUCUCCAUAUAACUGCCACACACAGGAGGGCCGCCCAGCGCUGGCGUGAGCAGACACAUGGGGCCCGGUUGCAGCGUGUGUGUGUCGAGAUCGAACAGAUGCUCUCCAGACAAAUUUUAGCAGGCAAGUGGUGUGUGUGUGCGUAUGUGUGUGUCAGUGAGUCCGCCUCUUAAGUCAUCCUCUGACCUCAAACAAACCCACGACAGCCUUGUUUACAUCCAAGUCCCAACUCUCACACUGACUGGCAUAGGGCCUCCCUCUACCUCUACAACAUGCUAAUUGUCUUCUCCUGCUAGACCAGUAGUUCCCAAACUUGGGGUUGGCACCCCAUGCGGGGUCCCCUGAAAUAUAAAUCUUCUGAGAAACGUUUUUUUAUCUUCAAAUGGGUAUAGAAUACAACCUUUUAGUGUCAACUAAUGGCCUUUUACACAAUAAGAAUGAGCGUUCAUGUCAUUAUUAUGUGUUGGGGCAGCCUCCGGGACCUAAGAUUUAGUGAAUAUGAACACAGUGUUAACUGGGGAAUCAAAAAAUUCCAAGUGGGGUCCCCUGCAUUUUCUAGUAUCAAUUUGGGGUCGUGUGCAAAAAAGGUUUGGAAAACCCUGUGCUAAACAGCUGGCAUUCACACACAAAAUAGUUCCCGUCACUCUGUGCUUGCCUUUUCAGUGCUAGCUAGUAGUGCCAGAGUGGUUUCAAACCAAGAGACUCAACUGACUGAAUUGCCGUCGGUCUGAGUCUUCCUUGUCGAGUCUUUGGGUUUCAAACCUCUCUGGCACUAGCAUGCACUGGCUUGCACGGAAGUGGCACGAUUAUGGCCCAGUGGCUAAUUAAGUGUCUAUUAGAGUCAUUGGGAUGAUGAAUAUCUUUUGGCCUCCUCAUCUCCUCUCCUCUCACCAGUGGCCUUUGGGAGGUGGCGCCAGGAGUUUGCCCGGGCAGAAUGCGAGCACAGACAGGUGCAGAGGUGGCACUACCUGCUGGAGUGGAGGAGACUGCAGGAGGCGUUUACAUCCUGGAACCGCAGGGUCCUGGCCAGGAAAGGGGCCCUAGAGAUACAGGAGAGAAGGCAACGGGCACAGCUCUCACAGUCAGUCUAUGGAGCAUAGACAAAUAGAGAAAUCAUAUCAAAUGAAAUGUCUCCAUUUUGAUUCAAGUGUGCUCCAGUUAGUUUCAAGUGUGCCUUCAGAGUUUGUAACAUUGAUCAACAUUGUUUGUGUGUGUGACCCCAUCACAGCAUCCUGCGUGGCUGGCGGAGUGUAGUUGAGCGCAGGGCGGCGUGUGUGUGUUACUGCAGCGAGAGGAAUGAUCGGACGGCUACACACACCCUGCAGAGCUGGAGGAGAGCCACAGAGCUGCGGUCCCUACACACGCACCUCCUCACACACCUGCUGGAGAGGAGAAGAACACAGGCCCUGACCCUAGGGACACUGACAGGUUGGCCUGGUGUCUUCACUUUAAUGAAACCUUCUGUCAUUCACUUCUUCUUUCCCAUACAUCCACCAAGGGAAGGCCAACUCUCAAUGCUCGUCGAGCUACUGGGUGUACAGGCUUUUGCUCCAGAGCAGGACUGCAGCAGAUGCCUGUACACCCAGCAGUCCUUCAUGAAUUCCAUGGCUGUUAAAGUGCAAGUGCGUGAUCAAUCUCACAUGUUGUAGGGAAUAUGAGGCAGAGUGAGGCGGUGACGCCAAAGUUGUAUGGUGGUGCCAGGCUCAUCACAUUGGAGGAGUUGUGUGACAACCUGCAGCUCCAGAGAAGCCUUCACUCCUGGAGGAGGGAGAGGCGCAAGCUCCAGCUAGCCAGGUAGGUACCACCACACUGCUGCUCUCUCGUCUUGGCCUCUUUUUCUUGCUCCGUGGAUUUCUUUCCUUUUCACUUUCUUGUUUUGGAGUAUACUUAGAAUGUGCUCCGUCUCUCCUUCUCUCUUUCCCUCCCUUGCUCUCUCUCCCCCCACCUGUCUCAGACUGUACUGUGUGGCCCGGGCGAGGGAGCAGGUGAGAUUGGCGCUGCAGCGUUGGCGUGAGCUGGCGUGGGAUUCCCAGGCCUGCAGGGUGCACAGGUUCAGGACUAGACUGGCAGCGCUGGAUUCCUCGUCCUCUUCCUCAGGGUUCGGCAGCACCUCUCCCCUCUCCUUGUCCCUGAAGCUUGCUGAGGCGGAGCAUAACAUCGGCACGGGGCUCAGCGAUUGGUCAAACAGCUCCUCUUCAGCACAGAUGGACAGAGGUCACCCCCUACUGGCCUCAUCCCCAUUGGACAGUCUCAAGACCUGGUCAGUCUGGUGAAUACACACACACACACAUUGUUUGAAAGGUGGUGAGUGUUUGUUAGAAUAUGACUGACGCACACAAACACAAACACAUUGUGUGACCCUGCUUCAAGGCCUUUUGCUCUGCUCUCCUCACAGCAUCCAGGUCGAGAACCAUGUUGAUUUUGCAGAGGGUGACCAAACGUUCUGUCUCUCGCAUCAAAGUCUCCCAGAUCACAAGAGCUCACCCAGAUUAAAGGUAUUUCAUCCUGUGUUUGUAUAAUCUCCAAACACUCUUGCAUCCUUUAUCAAAACAUCAAAUAAUGCCAAAAGUAAAAGAAUAUCCGUCUUCUCUCUAUACCCCUUACCUCCAUUUUUCUCUUUGUCAGGGUGUCAUGGUGAGUGUGGUGGGCCGGAUGCUACGUCCCUCCCUCAGUGUGGCCUUCUCUCAGUGGAGGGACUACGUCAGAGUCGGCAGGGAGCAGCGACGCCUCAUGGGCCUGAUGGCAGACGUUCGCAGACGGGCAACGCUGGGCACCGCCCUCAGCCUGUGGAGGAGACACACCCAGAGCCUCAGCAGCGCAGCCAAACACAGGGUCAGUAUUAAAGCAUCAUUAUAUUAUUAUUAAGCUUUAUUCUAGCAGGGAGGCUGAAAGCCGUACCAAAUUUGCUCCCUACCCUUUCCUCUUUUGAUGUUUGCAGAUUUUGAUGGGUCUAGAGGAUAGGUAUAAAGCCGGGCGUACCCUAUACGAUUUUGGCCCCGAUUUACACUAUCGUUCAAAAGUUUGGGGUCACUUAGAAAUAUCCUUGUUUUCCAUGAAAACAUACAUGAAAUGAGUUUGAAUAGGAAAUAUAGCAAAAUGCAUAGGAAAUGUAGUCAUAGGGCUCCCGAGUGGCACAGCGGUCUAAGGCACUGCAUCUCAGUGCUUGAGUGCUUGAGUGCUGAGUGCUUGAGGCGUCACUACAGACCCCCUGGUUCAAUUCCAGGCUGUAUCACAACCGGCCGUGAUUGGGAGUCCCAUAGGGCGGCGCACAAUUGGCCCAGCGUCGUCCGGGUUUGGCCGGUGUAAGCCGUCAUUAUAAAUAAGAAUUUGUUCUUAACUGACUUGCCUAGUUAAAUAAAGGUAAAAUAAAAUAAAAUUGACAAGGUUAGAAAUAAUAAUUGUGUCCUUCAAACUUUGCUUUCGUCAAAGAAUCCUCCAUUUGCAGCAAUUACAGCCUUGCAGACCUUUGGCAUUCUAGUUGUCAAUUUGUUGAGGUAAUCUGAAGAGAUUUCACCCCAUGCUUCCUGAAGCACCUCCCACAAGUUGGAUUGGCUUGAUGGGCACUUCUUACGUACCAUACGGUCAAGCUGCUCCCACAACAGCUCAAAAGGGUUGAGAUCCGGUGACUGUGCUGGCCACUCCAUUAUAGACAGAAUACCAGCUGACUGCUUCUUCCCUAAAUAGUUGUUGCAUAGUUUGGAGCUGUGCUUUGGGUCAUUGUCCUGUUGUAGGAGGAAAUUGGCUCCAAUCAAGUGCCGUCUACAGGAUGUGGCAUGGCGUUGCAAAAUGGAGUGAUAGCCUUCCUUCUUCAAGAUCCCUUUUACCCUGUACAAAUCUCCCACUUUACCACCACCAAAGCACCCCCAGACCAUCACAUUGCUUCCACCAUGCUUGACAGAUGGCAUCAAGCACUCCUCCAGCAUCUUUUCAUUUGGUCUGCGUCUCACAAAUGUUCUUCUUUGUGAUCCGAACACCUCAAACUUCGAUUCGUCUGUCCUUAACACUUUUUUCCAAUCUUCCUCUGUCCAGUGUCUGUGUUCUUUUGCCCAUCUUAAUAUUUUCUUUUUAUUGGCCAGUCUGAGAUAUGGCUUUUUCUUUGCAACUCUGCCUAGAAGGUCAGCAUCCCGGAGUCGCCUCUUCGCUGUUGACGUUGAGACUGGUGUUUUGCGGGUACUAUUUAAUGAAGCUGCCAGUUGAGGACCUGUGAGGUGUCUGUUUCUCAAACUAGACACUCUAAUGUAUUUGUCCUCUUGCUCAGUUGUGCACUGGGGCCUCCCACUCCUCUUUCUAUUCUGGUUAGAGCCAGUUUGCGCUAUUCUGUGAAGGGAGUAAUACACAGCGUUGUAUGAGAUCUUCAGUUUCUUGGCAAUUUCUCGCAUGGAAUAGCCUUCAUUUCUCAGAACAAGAAUAAACUGACGAGUUUCAGAAGAAAGUUAUUUGUUUCUGGCCAUUUUGAUCCUGUAAUCAAACCCACAAUUGCUGAUGCUCCAGAUACUCAACUAGUCUCAAAAAGGCCAGUUUUAUUGCUUCUUUAAUCAGCACAACAGUUUUCAGCUGUGCUAACAUAAUUGCAAAAGGCUUUUCUAAUGAUCAAUUAGCCUUUUAAAAUGAUAAACUUGGAUUAGCAAACACAACGUGCCAUUGGAACACAGGACUGAUGGUUGUUGAUAAUGGGCCUCUGUACGUCUAUGUAGGUAUUCCAUAAAAAAAUCAGCCGAUUCCAGCUACAAUAGCCAUUUACAACAUUAACAAUGUCUACACUGUAUGUGUCUUCUGAUCAAUUUUAUGUUGUUUUAAUGGACAAAAAAAUUGCUUUUCUUUCGAAAACAAGGACAUUUCUAAGUGACCCCAAACUUUUGAACGGUAGUGGAGCUGUCCCAGACAAGUUUUUUGAGAUCGUUGCCUACUCGGGGCGCGAGGCCGUCACCGACACUUGUUUAAUGUGAACGGGUCAGUAAUGCAAUCUGAGGGCCACCAAUCCCGUAUUUGAGCACGCCCAGACAUCCCGAUAUUUAAAAACAUGUUUGAUUUUAUUGGCACAAAAUCUGCAAUGCUCUUGUAGUGUGAGAUGUGCAGCGACAAGUUUUGAGAACGGUGAUCUGCAAUAGCCAAUGAGAGCUCGCCAGAGAAGAAACCAGUGAGAUGAUGAUGUUUCGCAUCACCCAGAAUGUGUAGACUCUCGAGCGAUGACUACUACUAGCCUACUAGUAUGCAUUUGUAAUUGCCUUUUAACCAAAGCGUCAAAAUUGUUACAGCUCUGAAGUUCACAAGCAAUGUUAUUCAAUUAAACAUUUAUUGGCUAGGUAUUUCAACUCUGUAUGGCAAGCGUGAAUGUCUGACUGAAAACGUUCAUGAGGCUGCUUUGAGCCACAGCUCGUUCUACACAAUCUAAUCACAUCAUCACAUCAUUGUUUUCGCGAGAGAGCGUGGUGGUAUCGAGAAUCCUCAUGACCAAGUGAAGGAUCUUGUAGUGUGUGACCCCCCGUCUGUGCCACAUUGUUUACUUUGUGCACCACUACGUUGGCAAGACAAAAAAGUACAAGAAAGACGGUCAUUUAAUGUGAGAGGCUCAGCGAUGUUAGGAUUUUGAAAGUCGUGUAGUGUACACCCAGCAUAAGGGGUGUAGUGGUGGAGAUUCCUUCAUAUUCAAAUCAAAUUGUAUUGGUCGCGUUCACAUAUUUUGGGUGUAGCGAAAUGCUUAUGUUACUAGCUCCAACAGUGCAGUAAUACCUAUAAGGCUGCGUUGAGACAAUGACUUAUCAAUGACCCAAGCCCAGCUCAGUUAAUCCCUACCAUUGUGUCACUGAGUUGUCAUAAUGCUUCACCAAAUGUACAUCAUCCUUGGGGCGUUGGUAGACACAAUGUAAGUGUGAGUAACCUAAUGUAUGUCCCUCUAACUGCCCUGACUGACUCUGCUGAUCCAACAGCUAUUGUAUGCAGCAAUCAUGUGCCUAUGAACCAGAGUUAUACUGUUAGCACUGAGGCGGUGUGCCUUAAUAGGAAGUCCACUGUGUGCAGCUCACCUUGCACUAACAUAAAUAACAUGAGCAUGUCUACUUCUGCUAAGCUUCCCAGUAAAGCAAUGAAAACAAUCAAGCAUCCCAGAAAAGUGCUAAAAAUAGCCCACGUUAACAUAUGUAUCUCUGAAACUCACUUAGAUAAUACCUUUGAUACAGUGGUAGCAAUACAUGCUUAAACCAUCUACAGAAAAGACAGAAAUGCCAAUGGUGGAGGUGUUGCUGUUUAUAUUCAGAACCACAUUCCUGUAAAGCUUAGAGAGGAUUUCAUGUUAAAUACUGUUGAAGUAAUAUGGCUACAGGUUCAUCUGCCUCACCUAAAGCCCAUUCUUGUGGGAAGAUGCUUUAGACCACCAAGUGCUAACAAUCAGUAUCAGGAUAACAUGUGUGAAAUGCUUGAUAAUGUAUGUGAUAUCAACAGAGAGGUAUAUUUUCUGGGUGAUUUAAAUAUUGACAUGCUUUCAUCAAGCUACCCAACCUGGAUCAGUUUCAGUCAACCAACCAGGGUAGUUACAAACAGCACAGGAAUGAAAACAUCAACAUGUAUUGAUCACAUCUUCACCAAUGCUGCAGAAAUGUUAUUUAAUGCAGUAUCCAAAUCCAUCGGAUGUAGUGAUCACAAUAUAGUAGCCAUAUCUAGGAAAACCGAAGUUCCAAAGGCUGGGCCAUAUAUAGUGUAUAAGAGGUCAUACAAUAAGUUUUGUAGUGAUUCCUAUGUUGAUGUAAAGAAUAUUUGUUGGUCUGUGGUGUGUAAUGAGGAGCAACCAGAUGCUGCACUUGACACAUUUAUGAAAUUGCUUAUUCCAGUUACUAAUAAGAAUGCACCCAUUUAAGAAAAUGACUGUAAAAACUGUUGAAAAAUUGUAUGGUUGAGAGGGAUGAAGCAAAAGGAAUGGCAAAUAAGUCUGUCUGCACAACCGAUUGGCAAACGUACUGCAAAUUGAGAAAUCAUGUGACUAAACUGAAUAAAAAGACGAAGUAACUAUAAUAUGAAACAAAGAUAAAUUAUAUAAAGAAUGAUAGUAAAAAGCUUUGGAGCACCUUAAAUAAAAUGUUGGGCAAAAAGGCACUCUCAGCUGCAUCAUUCAUUGAAUCAGAUGGCUCAUUCAUCACAAAACACACUGAUGUUACCAAUUACUUUAAUUAUUUUUUUAUUGGCAAGAUUAGCAAAUUUAGGCCCGACAUGCCAGCAACAAACGCUGACACUACACAUCCAAGUAUAAAUUAUCAAAUUAUGAAAGACAGGCAUUGUCAUUUUGAAUUCCGUAAAGUGAGUGUGGAAGAGGUGAAAGAAUUGUUUUCUAUCAACAAUGACAAGCCACCAGGGUCAGACAACUUGGAUGGAAAAUUAUUGAGGGCAAUAGUGGACGAUAUUGCCACUCCUAUUUGCCAUAUCUUCAAUCUAAACCUACUAGAAAGUGUGUGCCCUCAGGCCUGGAGGGAAGCAAAAGUAAUUCUGCUACCCAAGAAUAGUAAAGCCCCCUUUACUGGCUCAAAUAGCCAACCAAUCAGCCUGUUACCAACCCUUAGUAAACUUUUGGAAAAAAUUGUGUUUCAUCAGAUACAAUGCUAUUUUGCUAACAGACUUUCAGCACACUUACAGGGAAGGACAUUCAACAAACACAGCACUUACACAAAUUACUGAUUGGCUGAGAGAAAUUGAUGAUAAAAAGAUUGUGGGAGCUGUUUAUGUUAGACUUAAGUGCGGUUCGUUUCAGAAUGGGUGGCAAAGAAUAAGUUAGUCCUACAUAUUUCGAAAACUAAAAGCAUUUUAUUUGGGACAAAUCAUUCACUAAACCCUAAACCUCAACUAAAUCUUGUAAUAAAUAAUGUGGAAAUUGAGCAAGUUCAGGUGACUAAACUGCUUCAUGUAACCCUGGAUUGUAAACUGUCAUGGUCAAAACAUGUUGAUACAACAGUAGCUAAGAAGGUGAGAAGUCCACCCAUAAUAAAGCGCUGCUCUGCCUUUUUAACAACACUAUCAACAAGGCAGGUCCAACAGGCAUGUCUAGUUUUGUCACACCUGGACUACUGUUCAGUCGUGUGGUCAGGUGCCACAAAGAGGGACCUCGGAAAAGUACAAUUGUCUCAGGACUGAGCAGCACGGCUGGCCCUUAAAUGUACACGGAGAACUAACAUUAUUGUAAAUCUCAUGGCUCAAAAUGUAGGGGAGAUUGACUUCAUCACUACUUGUUUUUGUAAGAGGUGUUGACAUGCUGAAUGUACCGAGGUGUCUGUUUAAACUACUAGCACACAGCUCGUACACCCAUGCACACCCACCCCACAAGACAUGCGCCAAAUACAACAGGUGUAGACCUUUCCGUGAAAUGCUUACUUACAAGCCCUUAACCAACAAUGCAGUUCAAGAAAUAGAGUUUAGAAACAUUUUACGAAAUAAAGUAAAAAAUAAAAUAAAAAGUAACACCAUAAAAUAACGAGGCUAUAUACAGGUGGUACCGGUACCGAGGCAAUGUGCAGGGGUACAGGUUAGUCGAGGUAAUUUGUACAUGUAGAUAGGGGUAAAGUGACUAUGCAUAGAUAAUAAACAGCAGCAGCAUAAGAACAAAGGGGAGGGGUGUCAAUGUAAAUAGUCCGGGUGGACAUUUGAUUAAUUGUUCAGCAGUCUUAUGGUAACUGAUGCAAGCAGUAGAAUCAGAUUUAAAAUACAGUUAAAAAUACACCUUAUGGAAUCGCUGUGAAGAGACACACACAGGCACAGACACACUCUUACACAUACACAUGAUAAGACACACACACGUACACAUGGAUUUUGAAUUGUAGAUAUGUGGUAGUAGAGUAGUGGCCUGAGGGAACACACUUAACGUGUUGUGAAAAAUUUUUAUGAAAUGUAAUGUCAUGUAAUAUUUUUAAUUGUAUAUAACUGCCUUAAUGUUGCUGGACCCCAGGAAGAGUAGCUACUGCCUUGGCAGCUAAUGGGGAUCCUUAAUAAAUAUAUAAAUAAAUAAAUACAAAUACCUAACAAAUCAAUACACGCAAAUCCCAAAAAAUAACAAUAUAGGAAUUAAGAAAUAUAUAAUUAUUAGAGCGAGCAAUGUCAACUAUCCGGAAUAUAAAUGUAUAUGUAUAUGAUGGUGUGGAUUGACAUUAUGGACAGCAUAUGAAUAGAAAAGGUGUGUACAGCAGCAGUUAUAUAGGAUGAGCCUUGACUAGAAUACAGUAUAUACAUAUGAAGUGGGUAAAACAAUAUGUAAACAUUAUUAAAGUGACCAGUGUUCAAUGACUAUGUAGGGCAGCAGUCUCUAAGGUGCAGGGUUGAGUACCGGGUGGUAGCCGGCUAGUAACAGUGACUAAAGUUCAGAGUGGGGUACUGGGCGGAGGUCGGCUAGUGGUGAAUAUUUAAAAGUCUGAUGGCCUGGAGAUGGAAGCUGUUUUUCAGUCUCUCGGUCCCAGCUUUGAUGCACCUUUACUGUCUCCGCCUUCUAGAUGGUAGCGGGGUGAACAGGCCGUGGCUCGGGUGGCUGAGGUCCUUGAUGAUCUUCUUGGCCUUCCUGUGCUGUAGAUAUCCUGAAGGGCAGGCAGUGUGCCCCUGGUGAUGCGUUGGGCUGACCGCACCACCCUCUGUAGAGCCUUGCGGUUGAGGACAGUGCAGUUGCCGUACCAGGCGGAUUCAGCCCAACAGGAUGCUCUCAAUGGUGCAUCUGUAGAAGUUUGUUAGGGUCUUUGCGCCUUCUUCACCACACUGUCUGUGUGGCUGGAUCAUUUCAGGUUGUCAGUGAUGUGCACGCUGAGGAACUUGAAGCUUUUCACCCUCGCCCACUAAGGCCCCAUCUAUGUGGAUGGGGGCAUGCUUCCUCUGCUGUCUCCUGAUGUCCACGAUCAGCCCCUUCGUUUUGUUGACGUUGAGCGAUAGGUUCUUUCCUGGCACCACUCCACCAGGGCCCUCACCUCCCCUGUAGGCUGUCUUGUCGUUGUUGGUAAUCAGGCCUACCACCCAGGGCCCCUAGCUUAGUGAUGAGCUUGGAGGGCACUAUGGUGUCAUCGGCAAACUUGAUGAUUGAGUUGGAGAUGUGCGUGGCCACGCAGUGAUGGAGUACAGGAGGGGUCUGAGCACGCACCCUUGUGGGGCCCCCGUGUUGUGGAUCAGCGUAGCAGAGGUGUUGUUGCCUACCUUCACCACCUGGGGUCGGCCCGUCAGGAAGUCCAGGACCCAGUUGCACAGGGCGGGUUUCAGACCCAGGGCCCCUAGCUUAAUGAUGAGCUUGUAGGGCACUAUGGUGUUGAAGGCUGAGCUGUAGUCGAUGAACAGCAUUCUUACAUAGGUAUUCCUCUUGUCCAGAUGGGAUAGGGAAGUGUGCAGUGCGAUGGCGAUUGCCGUCAUCCGUGGAUCUGUUGGGGCGGUAUGCAAAUUGUAGUGGGUCUAGGGCAAGUGCCAAACUCAUUCCACAGAUGGCCGAGUGUCUGCGGGUUUUCGCACCUCCCUUGUACUUGAUUGAUGAAUUAAGGUCACUAAUUAGUUAAGAACUCCCCUCACCUGGUUGUCUAGGUCUGAAUUGAAAGGGAAAACCAAAAACCCGCAGACACUUGGCCUUCCAUGGAAUGAAUUUGACACCCCUGGUCAAGGGUGUUGGGUAAGGUGGAGGUGAUAUGAUCCUUAACUAGCCUCUCAAAGCACUUCAUGAUGAUGGAAGUGAGUGCUACGGGGCGAUAGUCAGUUACCUUCGCUUUCUUGGGUACAGGAACAAUGGUGGACAUCUUGAAGCAAGUGGGGAAAACGGACUGGGAUAGGGAGAGAUUGAAUAUGUCUGUAAACACUCCAGCCAGCUGGUCUGCACAUGCUCUGAGGACGUGGCUACGGAUGCCGUCUGGGCCGGCAGCCUUGCUAGGGUUAACAAACUUAAGUGUCUUACUCACUUCAGCCACAGAGAACGAGAGCUCAGUCCUCAUGAGCGGCACUGUAUUUUCCUCGAAGCGGGCACAAAAGGUGUUUAGCUUGUCCGGGAGCAAGGUGUCGGUGUCCACGACGUGGCUGAGUUUCCCUUUAUAAUCCGUGAUUGUCUGGAGUCCCUGCCACAUACAUCUCGUGUCUGAGCCGUUGACUCCACUUCGUCUCGGUACUGACGUUUUGCCUGUUUGAUUGCCUUAUGGAGGGCAUAUUGCUUCCAUCUAACAGAUCUGCAAACAUCGAAGGGAUAGGGCCAAGGGGAAGGGAUAGGAAGUGAAUUGGGAUCAGUUGAAAGUCAACAUGGGUGCCAGUAUUCUCGGUCACCUGUCACACAUACUUCCUGCUUCACACAGGAAACUGCAUUUGUGACUUCCUCUGUGGCUCACUGGAGAGGGGUGGUCGCUCACCAUAGGUCAAAGGUCACCCUGCAGAGGAUGGCCGACAACUUCCACACCACCGCAGUCCUCAGGAGCAGCUUCUCAACAUGGGAGAAAAAGGUAGGGAGACGAAGCACAACUGCCUCUCCUCCAAGUGUGCACUUGUACACUAACCUCUCAAGGAAUUUACUGGUGUAGGGAAUAUGAUGGAAAAUCCCACCAGCCCAUGCUUACACCAAUCCAAUGCUGGAAUACCUGAAAGUAUUAUUUUUUUUAAAGGGGAGUGAACAAAUGUUCACUUUGGGGAGAAGGGAGAGAAGAGGAAGUGGGCUAGAGUGAGAGAUACAAAAUAUAAUUUUCAUAAUUGACUUUUCUUCGUCCAGUGACAUCCAAAAACGCAGACCAUUAGUGAACAUAAACAAACACAAUUUCUCAGCUAGGCAAAAAAAGGCAAAUGUUAGAACGUUUUACCCACACAUCGAUUUAUCCUCCAAUUUAUUGCUGUUGGUAUAAUGGGUUAAUAACAUCCUCUCUCUCAGCGGAUGUUGAUUAGAGUAAGGCCAGACCCGGAGGCCCGGGCCCAGCUGGUGAGGAGGGCGGUGUGGUUGCGGAGGAGAGGAGAGAGACUGAGGACACACAGCGCCUUCGCCCUCUGGACAGCACGCCUCAGACAAAGCCAGGCCGUCAGCGCCUUCUACACACACACCAUGCUCACCAGGUUGUGUGUGUGAGAGAGAAUAUAUGUAUAUUUUUUAUUACAAACAAAACAUGAUUUUUCAAGGGUAUAGGGGAUUAAGAGAAAUACAGGCACUACUCUAGAUGCUCCAGUAGUUUCAUUUGCAAUGUUUCGACCGCUAAGGACCUUUUGUUCAAGUUUCACUUAAUUCUCCUAUGUGGGAUUUUGUUGGAUGUGUGUACAUGACUUAUCACCCUAUUUCCUGUUAAUAGGAUUUAUCUUGACCAGUACCAAAUCCCUCCUUUCCCUUCCCUGCGUGUGUGUUUGUAGGGUGUUUACGGCGUGGGAGCGAUGUGUCCAUUCCCAGAGGGAGAUGAGCACUCUAGCCCAUGCCCACCUCCAACAGAGGCUGCUAGGCCAAUCCCUGGCCCACUGGAGGGGGUCUGCCGCCCGCAUCCUGGAGUUCCGCAGGAGAGGCCAGGAGAGACUGGCGCUGGGGGCCAGAGAGGGUCUGCAGCGCUGGAGAGAUCAUACCCACAGUGGGUCUCACUUAAUAAUCCAGGGGCCUGUUCAGGGGGAUUUAACGUUACAGAAUAUUCAAAAAGAAAUCUAUUGGGUAGGAAUAAUUAAUGUCUGUCAAAAUAAUAGGGAAUCUUGUCAGCUCUAUUCAUUCUAUUUCAACAAAGCCGUUUCAAUGUCUCUGAAUACACAAAUUUUUCCUAAUCCAUAGCUGGGAGGGAGCGGAUGCACACUUUUGUUCUAGCCCAGCCCUACCACACUGGAGUCAACUGAUCCACUAACCACCAAGCCCUUGAUCAGUUGUUGUGUUAGGGCUUGGCUAGAACAAAACUGUAACCGCUGGGCGUCUCCCAGGAAUGGGUUGAGAAACACUUUUCUGAGUGUGUUGUAUGGGGGAUAAUGGGGGAUAGUUUUACAGCAACUCCACUUUUCUCACAUGCCAUACACUUCAUGUAAGCAAAUAUACACUUGGAACAGAACUUGGCCCAGUGCAGUCAAAAUUCUGUUUAUCCUGUGUUUUGUAUCAUUAUUGUACAGCAGCUGAUGAAACUAACACUGUAAAAGUGUGAAAACCCCAAUUUCUGUGUGGAUUCUCCAAAGGGAUGUGUGAGCUGAGACAGCUACUGGGUCAGUAUGUGGAGAGUGAGAGAAGGGCAGCGAAGAGGAGAGCUCUACACGCCUGGGUCCAGGCCACUGUGAACGCCAGGAAAGCCCAAGACUUACACCAGCAGGCUUUCAUGAGC